AUGACCUUGUCCAGCAGCCCGCGUCAAGGCUUAAAGCACCAGACUAUUUUUGCCAAAAGCAGACCAUACACUCAUACACUCACUUACUUCAGCUGGAUUGAGAGUUUUCUUUAUCACAGUCGGCACAUAAGACAUUUACAGCUUUUGUCGGCUUCUGCGAUGGCUGAAGAUUUUCUGGCUCCUUCUUCCAGCGGAGUGCAACGGAAAGAUGAGGUUGUGCACCAGGUGCAAGCAUCUCUGAGACCGGAGGCAUAUCAUGCCUUAUGUCGUCUCAUGAGAGCCGAUGAAAGCGAGAGCGAGAUUCUCGAGAAGGCACUUGUCCUGUUGGACACCUACACAGUUGUCUCCAAAGCGCUGGGCCGGCACAACACAGCAGUAAAGGCUGUCAAAGUGGUACAGCAGAUGCGAAAUGCCGGCUAUGCAGACGACUGGGCCCUGAUCCUGUGCCGCGCACUUUUCCGACAGAGAGAACGAGACCUUCGAAAAGCCUUCGCGCUUUUCGACCAGAACAAGAGCGACUGGAUCGAGAAGGCAGAAUUACGGCAGGCGUUGCCUUUGAUGGGCGAGGAGGUGCCUGACUCGAAGAUUGACGAGCUUUUCGAUCUGGUGGACAAGGACAAGCAGGGCUUGCUGGAUUUUGAAGAGUUCUGCUUCCUGGUGAAAGGCUUGAACAGUGAGGAAGGCAGUGAAGACCACGAUGCCUUCGCCGUGUUCAAGUCUUCUGCCGAGGGCACCCUUGAAGCUGUGGGGGGCGCCAUGGGUUCCAUGGCAUCGGGAACCGGCAAGGCUUGGUCAGCAGUGUCCACGGCCUGGUCUGCGGACCUACCGGGCUUGAGCCCUUUCGAAAUGCGCAAGGCCGGUGCCAUCUUGAAUAACAUGGUGGCAGCCGGAUACAGCGAAGCCAUGGCAGUAGCCAUCUGCCGUGCGCUGUUCUGCGGGCAGACCGAAAAGCAGAUGAAAAAGGCAUACAAGUUCUUCGAUUCGGAUCAGAAUGGCAGGAUCGACGUGAGCGAGCUGAAGCAAGCCUUGAAGUUGAUGGCGGAGGAUGUAAAGGAUGAGGACGUGGCGAAAAUCUUUCAGGCCGUGGACCAUGAUGGCAAUGGUGCCAUCAGCUUCGAAGAAUUUUGUGUGCUCGUCAGAGCCAUUAAAGACAAGGGCGACGAGAGUGGCCUGCUGUCCGCCGUGACGACAACUUGGGAGAAGUUCUCUUCAAGUGCGACUCCCGUGCUUGGAUGUCAUUGUGACAUGGAGUAUGCUCAUUGUGUUUUUGGAGUGGCAGGCGACUUGGCUGCUUUGGCAAUGGAAACUGGUCAGGAGAUCGGUAUGGCUGAGCAUUGCAAGGUUUCAUUGGAGCAAAGCUCCUUGGCUCCGACAACGCGAAUCGCCACACAAUCGCGUCACUGCGAUAUCUGGUCAACAAGCAUCAACAUGCGCUUAAACUGCAUGCCGCCACCUCUGUGCUUGGUUGCGCUGGCAGGCAGGUGUUCGAGCUGA